AUGGGCUGUCCACAGAAUGACAGCUUCUCUCUGGACCUUUCCCAGCCAGACGUCUGGGUCUGGGAGCCAGAACCAACGGAGGGUGAGUAAAUCACAGACCAUGCGGUGACACACUCAAAUCAAGUGCUAUAUUUGCAUGUGAAAAUGGCAUAGAAUGCACCUUGGAGUAUUGCUCCAUUGUUUAUGUGUUGGUUAAUUAAUUAUUCUUGGAUAAACAGAAUUUAAAUUGUUGACUUACAGUACAGUAGUAUAUGUAGAGUGUGUAAUGAAUACCUGAUCCAAUGUAUGUUGAAGUUAAAUCCCUCUAUCCAAUACAUUUCUCACCAUAAAAGAUGAACGACAGGGGAAUGUAUGAGUGGUUUCCAUAAGCCCUGAAGACAAUGUCUGAAUUUGCAGUGCAAUCAAUAACGGAAAAACUAAGAGCUACAGCUAUUUUAAUAUGAGCACAGUCUUGCAGUGCACUCACCGCCUGAGCUUUGGAAGUCACCAAGCUCUCUAAGAAGAAUAGAAGAUACAUUACACAACUUGUAUUACUCAUUUGAACUACAGUGCCUUCGGAAAGUAUUCAGACCCCUUGACUUUUUCCACAUUUUGUUACGUUACAGCCUUAUUCUAAAAUUGAUUAAAUAAAAACAAAUCCUCAUCAAUCUACACACAAUACCCCAUAAUGACGAAGCGAAAACAGGUUUUUAGAAAUGUUUGCAAAUGUAUUCAAUAUAAAUGCUAUGAGACUCGAAAUUGAGCUCAGGUGCAUCCUGUUUUCCAUUGAUCAUCCUUGAGAUGUUUCUACAACUUGAUUGGAGUCCACCUGUGGUAAAUUCAAUUUAUUGGAAAUGAUUUGGAAAGGCACACACCUGUCUAUAUAAGGUCUCACAGUUGACAGUGCAUGUCAGAGCAAAAACCAAGCCAUGAGGUCGAAGGAAUUGUCCGUAGAGCUCAGAGACAGGAUUGUGUUGAGGCACAGAUCUGGGGAAGGGUACCAAAAAAUUUCUGUAGCAUUGAAGGUCCCCAAGAACACAGUGGCCUCCAUCAUUCUUAAAUGGAAGAAGUUUGGAACCACCAAGACUCUUCCUAGAGAUGGCUGCCUGGCCAAACUGAGCAAUCGGGGGAGAAGGGUCUUGGUCAGGGAGGUGACCAAGACCCCGAUGGUCACUCUGACAGAGCUCUAGAGCUCCUUUAUGGAGAUGGAAGAAACUUCCAGAAGGACAACCAUCUCUGCAGCACUCCACCAAUCAGGCCUUUAUGGUAGAGUGGCCAGACGGAAGCCACUCCUCAGUAAAAGGCACAUGACAGCCCGCUUGGAGUUUGCCAGAAGGCACCUACAGACUCUCAGACCAUGAAAAACAAGAUUCUCGGGUCUGAUGAAACCAAGAUUGAACUCUUUGGCCUGAAUGCCAAGCGUCACGUCUGGAGGAAACCUGGCACCAUCCCUACGGUGAAGCAUGGUGGUGGCAGCAUCAUGCUGUUGGGAUGUUUUUCAGCGGCAGGGACUGGGAGACUAGUCAGGAUCGAGUGAAAGAUGAACGGAGCAAAGUACAGAGAGAUCCUUGAUGAAAAGCUGCUCCAGAGCGCUCAGGACCUCAGACUGGGGUGAAGGUUCACCUUCCAACAGGACAACGAACCUAAGCACACAGCCAAGACAACGCAGGAAUGGCUUCGGGACAAGUCUCUGAAUGUCCUUGAGUGGCCCAGCCAGAGCCCGGACUUGAACCCGAUCGAACAUCUCUGAGAGACCUGAAAAUAGCUGUUCAGCUACGCUCCCCAUCCAACCUGACAGAGCUUGAGAAGAUCUACAGAGAAGAAUGGGAGAAACUCCCCAAAUACAGGUGUGCCAAGCUUGUAGCCUCAUACCCAAAAAGACUCAAUGCUGUAAUUGCUGCCAAAGGUGCUUCAACAAAGUACUGAGUAAAGGGUCUGAAUACUUAUGUAAAUGUGAUAUUUCCUGGGUUUAUUUGUUAUAAAUUAGCAAAAGUUUAUAAAAACCUGUUUUUGCUUUGUCAUUUUGGGGUAUUGUGUGUAGAUUGAUGAAGAAAAAAACCAAUUUAGUCGAUUUUAGAAUAAGGCUGUAACGUAACAAAAUGUGGAAAAAGGGGUCUGAAUACUUUCCGAAGGCACUGUAUCUGGAAUAGAGAGAGGACUGGUCACUAUUGGUAGUAUGGAUUAGCAUGUGGCAGUUUACAGUCAGGUAUCUAAAGUGUAUUAAAGCCAUAGUUUAUGCCUAUUGUUCAAUUGCGUACGUUUCUGGAAAACAGAUGGAAGAGGACUGGUGUAGAAGAGAAAAUUAGAUUUGUUAUCAAAUAUGACCUGAAGAAGACACAGGUCAUCCUGUUCCUCGUCUUGUCUGUAAGGUUGCCUGUUCCCUGAUAUGUAUUAUAAUCAGUCUGUUUUAUAACUGUUUCUAAAUUGCCCAGUUCUAACUUUCUGUCAAACAAUCUUUCAUGGUUCCUGUUAUCCCCGGAUCUGUGGGGGAGUGGAUAUGUCCUUGGUAUGAUUUUCUCUGGGCCUACUAUUUGUGGUGAUAAGCAGAAGUACCGGACUCAUUUGAAGGGCAUGUGAUACACCCCACCCAUCCUCGGUCUGUAUACAAUGUCUGUGAGAACAAAGAGCGAGUCAAAUUGGUUUUCCCUUGCAUGAAUGCUCGUAAUAAAGCUUUUGUAUAUUGAGAUCGGACUGCCUUCGGAGUGAUUUUUCCACCACACUGGUUACAGUCUACAACUUCUGUUUGGUUACUUUGCUAUACAUUGCAAAAGGCUUGGCCCUGGCCAUUAGGAGCUCUUGUCAAGAUGUGCUAGGCCUAAUCUAGGUCCAUUUCCCCAGGGAUAUUUUGGAUUAACCGUAGACAUUCGAUCAUCCCUUCCUCCACAUCAGUCUCUACCAUCUUUGCUCUCUUCCUUUACCUCACUCACUCACCCUCUCCCUAAUAAUUUUUCCCCACCUGUCUUCUCACACAGCCACUCAGGUCUUCAUUUGGCUAGCGCUUCUGUUGACCUUUGGCCUGCAGUUCUACCUAGCUGUGUUCUGCCUGCUGAAGUGCUGGAGUUAUGACACGAGGCUAAAGCAGGCUCUUAAAAACCUGCCCUCUACAGGGAAGCUCCCAACAACAGGUAGGUCUAUUCCAGGGAUGUUGCCUUGACACAGUGUAGUGAUCCAUUAACUGACCAAAGCAAAUAUCUAGUUUGAUAAAAACCUUUGUUUUUGUUUUAUCAAAUCCACUGAACACUUUCGAUCUCACUACAUUCUGAAAUCAAAAGUUUAGCAGGUUGAAAUGAGACCUUUCAUUUGACUAAACUGGAGGUAAUGUUAAUAACACAUGUAUUCCAGAUGUUUCAGUCCCUUCUUCCAUCAUUCAACUUCCAGAGGAUUUGAAGAGUGUGAAACCACCUGCUUACUGUCGUUAUGAUGUAGAAGUGGCUGAAUCCUCCCUGCCUAGGCCCAGCUGCUAUGACGAUGAGGAGGCUAGGCCCUGCACUAACUCUCCCUAUACACCUUUUGCCUGGGAUCUUGUGCAACGCUGA